AGAGAAAGCAAAGAAGAAAGAAGAAAAAAAGAAAGAGUCUGAAAGGUGAAAAAUCUUUAAGCUGGGAAUCAAGUUUUAAUUUUUGUGGUUGAAUUUAUAUUCUGUUUUGUGUGUGUGUCUGUGAUUCGUAUGUUUGCUGCCCCUGCGUUUUAGGCUUGAAAUUUAUUGCCAAUUUUUUAUUUUGUUUCUCAUAUUUUUGUGUUUGCAAAUUAAAAAAAAAAAUCAAAAACAAAACUGAACUCAGCUCCAAAAACUGGAGAAGUGGGGGCAGCGGCUGAGCAGCUGAGACAGUGCAAGGCAACAGUAGCAACAACAACAACAGCAACAACAAGAAUAAGCUACAUUCUAGAAUUACAAUAACAACAACAACAAAACAAGCAAAAUUACACAACUUCCAUGUGAAGCAAGGAGACGGAGAGACUGAGACAGUGCGAGGGAGACAGAGAGAACGAAAGAGAGGAGUAACAAUUGUCAAAAGGCGCAGCCAAGCAUUGACAUUGCCAGAUAUAUAUAUACAUAUAAAUAUAUAUAUUUAUAUAUGUAUAUGUAUGUAUGCAUUUAGAUGAUCACAACGACAGCUCGACACAUGGCUCCAACGACCAGCACCAGUCCCAGCCCCAAUACCAGUUCCCCCAAGCCACCCAAACUGGCCAAAUUCAAAUCCUCCUCCCUGGAUCAUGAGAUUUAUACGGCAAAUCGUCGUGGGACGAUAGCCACAGCGGCCAGUGAUUGGAAGUCGUUGCGUGGUAAUCCCAUGACCUCGCCCAAUGGAAGAUCCUCACUCAAUUUGGGAAUGGGCGGAGGCGGCGGCAGUUUGUUGGGUCCAUCUAUGACCAGAGCUGCCUCCACAUCGUCAUUGGCCAGCAGUACACGCACCAUGACUAACUAUCAGGAGUACAAAAUGGAAAUUAUUAAUCAGGGCAAAUGCCUUUGUGGUCAAUAUAUACGGGCAAGAUUACGCCGUGCCGGUGUCCUCAAUCGGAAGGUGAUACAAAGACUACGAAAUAUCCUAGAGCCCUCCUCGCAUGUGGUCUAUGAAGUUUUUCCGGCCCUCAAUAGUAUGGGCGAGGAACUGGAGCGCAUGCAUCCGCGUGUCUACACAAAUAUCUCCAGGCAAUUGUCACGAGCUCCAUUCGGCGAACUGGAGGACAGUGAUAUGGCCCCUAUGCUGCUAAAUCUGGUGGCCAAAGACCUAUUCCGGUCGAGCAUAACGUGGGGCAAAAUCAUUUCCAUAUUUGCCGUCUGUGGUGGCUUUGCCAUCGAUUGCGUGCGUCAGGGUCACUACGAUUAUUUGCAGUGUCUAGUGGAUGGUCUGGCCGAGAUAAUUGAAGAUGAUUUGGUCUAUUGGCUAAUAGAUAAUGGCGGCUGGUUGGGCUUACAGCAGCACAUACGACCUCGGAUCGGUGAAUUCACAUUUCUCGGAUGGCUGACAUUAUUCGUUACCAUCUCGGCAGGAGCCUACAUGGUCUCGAAUGUCUGCAAACGCAUUGGCUGUCAGUUGUAUUCGUUGUUGUUUUAGUUUUUCUUAUUCUUUCACGAAAGCCUACACAUAGUUUUUAGUUUGCAUACUCGUGAAUCAUUCCUGAAGA